AGGUGCAAUGGUGGGGGGCAGAAUGGCUCGCGUCAACCAAAUACAUAUUUUCCGACCUUUGAAGAUUCCCGCUGUCGUAAGAACUGUAUAAAUCGCACGGAUAAGUGACUGGUCCGCGUUGGGAGCCGCGGAGUAGAUGUGUGAGAUUGCAUAAGCCCGCGUGAUGGUAGCGUCUCUCCGCGCACCACCGAUAUUUGUGUUGGAGAGGCUCCUGGCACCUGUGGUCUGCAUCUUUGAGGGUGUUCUGUGAGUGACACAGCUGGGCAGGCGAGUGGUCGGUAGCGAUGCAGCGAAGGCCGGCGCCAUCGUCACCACCUGCUGCCGAGCCGGUGACUGAGCACCAGCCAGACACUCCCUGGGUCGGAUGAGGCCCGCCAUGACAGGCUGAUGACGACCUCGUACUCGGAGAUCUUCCACGGCGGCUCGAGCGGCCGGUCGAGCGUGUUGGAGUGCGGCAGCGACACGCUGCUCUCGCCUGACCUGUCGCCGGUCAGCCCCGACAGGCAGGAGCAGCCGCUGGCCGACGAGCUGGCGCAGCUGGCCACCGAGCCGGGACCGGCGGCGGCAGGCUACAGUGCGCCGUCGCGGCCGUCGGCGGCGCUGCUGGACGAGCUGGAGCGGGACGCGCGGCGGCUGGCCGCCUCGGCCGACGGUCUGAUCGAAAGUCUGACCGGCACCAUGUACAGCAUCUCCUCGCUGGCCGUGGACGCCAUGGACGCCUACCGCGAUGCCGUCUGCAAGACCUGCGACGGCGUGGAUGCCAACAUUAAGGCCAUGUACCAGGUGAUGGCCAAGACCGAGGAGCUCAACAAGACGGUGAAGCAGGUGCACCCGCUGGCCGGCCAGGUCCGCGAGGUCCGGCGGCUACUCGACCUCUUCGAGAGCGCGGUGACGGCUGGCAGCUGAGCGGCGGCGGUCAGCGGCCGGCCGACAAAUGCCAUCCUGCCGCGGCAGGCUCAGCGGAUGGACGGCGAAUGCCGUCCUGCCGCGGCGGCGGUCAGCGGCCGCCCGACGAAUGCCGUCCUGCCGCGGCGGGCCCAGCGGACGGACGGCAAACGCCGUCCUGCCGCGGCGGCGGUCAGCGGCCGCUCGACGAAUGCCGUCCUGCCGCGGCAGGCUUAGCGGACGGACGGCAAACGCCGUCCUGCCGCGGCGGCGGUCAGCGGCCGCCCGGCGAAUGCCGGCUGUCGCGGCA